AACCAAUGAAUACAGCCGUUCUCAAGGUAAGUCCGAUAAAAUACUUAAAAAGGAAAAGAAGUUGGUGAAAUACUCCUUUCUCAUAAUCAACAUGUGGAAUGGUGGCAGUCUGAAAGAGAAAUCUGUCAAUCCUUUUACUUAAUAAUUUAGUCAACUUUGGUAUUCUGCCCGAGAAAACCCAUCAAAACAUAACCUUCAUGAAUCUGGAUCUGAUUCUACACGUCUUCUUUUAAAAAUAUUUCAAUAGUAGGUGAUAGUUGACAUACAUAUUUAUAUACGGUUCAUUCUCUUUAUGUUCAUUACCCAGCCUCACUGCAAUUUUCUCUUUGGAAAUAGCUUAGGCUGGUCUAUAAUUGCAGGUUCAUUUAAGAUGAUUUCACAGAUUUCAGAUUUGUCAUGGUGGCGGUGGAUCGAAAACGUCACAAAUGGCGGAAACAAAGUCAAUACCGGAGUUUCCAUGGUAAUGUUGGUGCUAAUAACUUGUAUUUAUGUAGUUAUUGGUAGGAGAUUACACAGGAGGGGCAAUGGAGAAACACGAUUUCCACCUGGUCCACGAGGGUUACCUUUGGUUGGAAACCUUCUUUCAUUAGAACCUGAUCUCCAUGUAUACUUUGCAAAAUUAUCUAAAAUAUAUGGUCCAAUUAUCAAACUUCAGCUUGGUAGGAUGCACGUGACUGUGUUGAAUUCUUCUUCCGUAGCAAAAGAAGUCCUUAGAGACCAAGAUGCAAACUUUUCCGGCAGGGAUAUACCAACAUCAGUGUUGAUUAUGACGUAUGGUGGGAAAGAUAUUAUAUGGGGUCAAAGUGAUCAAGAGUGGAGAAAGCUUCGUAAGAUAUUGACUCAUGAACUAUUGAGUAACACAAGUCUUGAUUCUUCUUAUUCUCUACGCAGGUCCGAGGUUAGACGGAUGGUGAAAGAUGUUUAUGGUAUGAUUGGUACACCCAUAAAUGUUGGUGAGCAAGUGUUUGUAGCAACUCUAAAUGUGGUAUUGAACAUGUUAUGGGGUGGCACAAUUCAGGGGGACGAGAGGAUUCGCGUUGGAAUUCAGUUUCGGCAGUUGUUUAAUGAAAUGAUUGAGCUAGGCCUCAAACCCAAUAUUUCAGAUUUUUUUCCAAUUUUUACAAGAUUUGACAUACAAGGAAUCGAGAAGAAGUCGUGGAAGAUUUUUAAUGAGAUGGAUCGGAUGUUUGAUUCGGUCAUUGAUCAGCACUUGAAAUUAGAGAAGGGGAAUAACGGACUGCAACAGAGAAGCAGUAAAGACUUUUUGCAGUUUCUAUUGGAGCUCACUAAAAAACAAGAGUUCAAAACACAAGUAACUAUGGCUCAGCUUAAGGCCUUGCUCCAGGAUGUUGUUGUAGCUGGGACUGACACAUCCGCGACGACAUUAGAAUGGGCAAUGUCAGAAGUGAUUAAGAAUCCAGAAGUUAUGAGGAAGGCUCAAGAAGAGUUAGAUGAAGUAGUAGGUAAAAACGGCAUCGUAGAAGAGUCUCAUAUGAACCAGUUGCCUUACUUAGAAGCAGUGGUGAAGGAGACUUUAAGGUUACAUCCUGCAGGACCAUUAUUGAUUCCACAUCGCUCUAUUAAAUCUGCAAUAGUUUCUGGAUACACUAUUCCAGAGGGAAGCAGAGUGUUUGUUAAUGCGUGGGCUAUUCAUAGAGACUCGGAGGCUUGGAACAAUCCGCUAGUGUUUCAGCUGGAGAGGUUCUUGAGUAGUGAUGAUAAUCUCAAGAAAUAUGGUUACACAGGUAACAAUUUUGAUUAUAUUCCAUUUGGGUCUGGGAGGAGGAUUUGUGCAGGAACUCCUCUUGCUGAAAGAAUGUUAAUCUAUGUAUUAGCUUCUCUUCUGCAUUCAUUUGAUUGGAAAUUACCCGAGGGGGGAAAUCUUGAUCUUACGGAGAAGUUUGGGAUUGUUUUGAAGAAAGCAACACCUCUUGUUGCUAUUCCUACUCCAAGGUUAUCAAAUCUUGAUUUUUAUUGAGAAAACUUUACUCGAAUAAACUCUUACCGUCUUGAAUCACCACGUCUCUGAAAUUUUUGGAUUUCAAAGAAAACUUUGCACUAAAGUUAUGCAGAUCUUACAAAUAGUUUUUUCCUGAAGUGACAAGUUGUAAAGAGAUAUAAUGUAUUAACAUUGUUAUUGCGCAUCAAUGGGUGCCUUUUUGCUA